AUGAAGAAAAAGGGGUGGGCGUUGAUUUGGACGCCGCCCAACAUCCCGUCCUUUCAACCGAUCGAGCUUUUUUGGCAGCAUGGUAAGCAGUACGUCACCCUUAACUUUGAGUUGAAGCGAAAGAUGCGGGAGGUGUGGGUGCAGAUUCGUAAAGGUUGGUACGAGGACAAGGAAUGGCCAGGCCAGGAAGGGGGGUGGAAGGCAGCCAAUGGUUCGAAGCUGGUUGACCACGCCAUUGGAGAGACGAACAAGUGGGUCAAAGUCCGUGAUGGAGUGCUUUCUGGUACGAUAGGCAACUUCAAUAAGCCGGACGGGUACGAUACAGAUGAGGUGUCGCCCGUGGGUGAUGUCGAGGAAGGGGUAGGGUAG